AUGAGCUCGCCCUCUGCCAAUCCGCUGAGACAAGUUUUGGACUCUGUGGGCGAGACGCCGGAAUGGUUGCCGUACAGACGCUGGAAGAUGUACCUGCCAGGCGACAAGAUCUUCGAUGUAGGUUCCGGCGAUGCCGCGUCCUUCGGCCGUGAGCUUUGCCGCGUGAGCGGCGACGAGGCCGAGGCGGAGAUCUGGGAGCGACUCCGGGAGGCGAACAGGCCGCUUGGCGAGCUGAUUGCCGCCAUCCCCCCAAUCGCCUCUAGGGCGGACCUGGGGGCGGCGCAGACAUUGCUGCCAUACUUUGGGAAGAUGGAUCCUUUGGCUGGGCUGGCCAUGGUGAUGUCAGGAAUCAGCCCUUCGGCCCCCUUCUCCGAGGUGCUGAAAGCAGGGGGGGUGCCCGACUCCUCCCUGACCGGAUGGUUCUUCGACUUCCUGGCAUUUGCACUGCAAGGUCUCCCGGCAAGUGGCACUCAAGCUGCAGGCGUCUCCUUCAUGAUGCGGGAGUUCUUUGCGCCCGGCGCGGUUAUGGACUAUCCCAAGGGCGGCUCGGGUGCGCUGGUGGACGCCCUGCUGCGCGCCGUCGAGAAGCGCGGUGGUGAGCUCCGCCUGCGCACGCGCGUGGAGGGGCUGGUGGUCGACGAGACGGGUCGCUGCACCGGCGUGGAGCUGAAGAACGGCGAGCGCCUGGACGCCCGACUGGCGGUGCUCUGCAAUGCGGAUGUGUGGAACACGGCAUCGAAGCUGCUGCCGAAGGAGUGGCGAGCCAAGGUUAAGGGCUCCGCCCUGGACGUGGAGGGCGUGCCCCUGUGUCCGAGCUUCAUGCACCUGCACCUAGGCUUUCGAACUGACGGCCUCGACCUGUCUGAACUGGGUGUGCACCACAUCACUGCAAAGGACUUGAGUUUGCCGGUGGAUGCAACAGAUAACCUGGUCUUCAUCUCCAUCCCCAGUGCCAUCGACGACACCGCUGCGCCCAAAGGGUACGCCUGCCUGCAUGCCUACCUGCCCGCGACCGAGCCCUACGACGUGUGGGCGGGGAUGGACCGCCGGUCGCAGGAGUACAAGCGCAAGAAGGAGGAGCGCGCGAUGCCGCUGUGGCAGGCGGUUGCGCAAGUGAUCCCCGACAUUCGGGAGCGCGUUGUGAUUGAGAUGGUGGGCACGCCUUUGACCCACGAGCGCUUCCUCAACCGGCACCAAGGCACCUAUGGUCCUGCAUACCGGGCUGGUCAGCAGGGCUAUCCCUCACCGCAGACGCCGCUGGAGGGUCUCUGGUGCGUGGGCGAGGGGUCCUUCCCAGGGAUUGGCGUUCCUGCCGUCGCUGGAAAUGCUGCAGGAGUCGCGAACACCAUCGCCCCAGUCGAGAUGCAUGUUCGUCUGCUCGACCGGCUGCGUCAGGCCGACCUCCUCGUACCUGACCGCGACUGGAAGUAA